ACUGUCAUAACUUAAAUGAGCAGGAAGAGAGAUUUGUCAAUUUAAUUUUUGUAAACAUUUCAAUUUUUCUGCAGGUUAUUGCUGGAUUUAGCGAUGUAAAAUGGGACUUGAGCCACUAGAGUUUUCGGACUGUCUUACGGACAGUCCGAUUUUCAGGACGAAAUUGCAUGAGCACGAAAAAGAAUUGGAAAGAACAAGCAAGGCUAUCAAAACAUUGAUCACUGAUGGAAAAGAAUUGCUUAGUGCAUCAAAACAGUUGGCAAAGGCACAGAAGCACUUUUCUAAUAGUUUGAUGGAUUUCAAUUUUGAGUGUAUAGGACAGCAACAGACAGACGAUGAGAGACUAAUUUCUGGGGCAUUGAAAGAGUUUGGUUCAUUGAUGAGCAGAAUAGAAGAUGAAAGGGAGAGGAUGCUGGAAAAGGCCAAUGAACAGUUCAUUAAACCACUGGAGUACUUCAGAAAGCAACACAUAGUCCAAGCAAAGGAAGGAAAGAAGGCGUUUGACAAGCAGACGCAGAAGUUUUGUGCAUCGUUGGAUCGUUACCUGAAUUUAAAAACAAAAGUUUCAGAUUCACAGCUUCAGGAGGCUGAUGCUGCAUUAGAGUUAGAAAGACGAGGGUUCUAUGAACAGUCCAUGAAAUAUGUGCUACAGUUACAAGAGGUGCAGGAGAGGAAAAAAUUUGAAUUUGUUGAAAUACUGCUUGUGUUCAUGUACAGUUUACUCACAUUUUACCAUGAAGGCCACGAAACAGCUGCUGAUAGUAAACCAUAUUUAGCCACUCUCCAACAUACAUUACAAAAGACACGGAACAAUUUUGAAACGACGAGGGAGCAGGCAGAAAGUCUCAUGUUAAAGAUGUUGGAUGGGCGUGGCAAUCUUAUAUCGAGCUCAUACCAGAAUUAUGCAUGGCCAGAUUUAAUCAACCAGACAGCAGAGAAGCCACAAUCCCUGAGUUUAACAUCAAUGGUGAGGCCGAUGGACCAAACUGGGUCAUUACGGGGGACAUGGACACGACAGGGCUACCUCUACCUCAUGGAGAAAAAGGCAUUAGCAAAUUCCUGGACAAAAUAUUGGUGCUGUUACAACAAAGAUAAUAAGAAAUUCUACAUGCUGCCUUUCAACCAAGCUACUGGCAAAAUGAUGCCUAACGGUGAAACAGUGACUCUACAGUCAUGUACACGAAGGGCGUCAGAUUCUAUAGAUAGAAGAUUCUGUGUAGAUCUUACAGUUAUGGAAAAAGGUAGUGUUUUAACAUUCCAAGCAUUAUCAGAGGAAGAUAGAAAACUGUGGAUGGAUGUUAUGGAUGGCAAGGAACCAAUUUAUAACAAGCCACAUAGUACAACAGAAGAUUCAUCAUUGGAUGAAGUAGGAUUCAAUUUUAUUAAACGAUGUUUGUGUGCAAUAGAAAAUAGAGGUCUGGAUGACCAGGGUUUAUACCGUGUUGUGGGUGUCAGUUCUAAAGUGAACAAACUUAUAACAUUAGGCCUAGAUAGGAAAAAGUCUGACAAACUAGACCUGAAUGACCCGACACUCUAUGAAACUAAAACUAUUACAAGUGCUGUAAAACAUUAUCUCAGGACACUUCCAGAACCAUUAAUGACAUUUAAACUACAUGCUGACUUUAUAUCUGCUGCAAAACGCGAGUCCCAGAAUUUACGUCUGCUGGACAUCCACACGCUCGUGCAUAAACUUCCAGAAGCUAACUUUGAAAUGCUUGAUCUCAUUGUUGCUCAUCUUAGAAGGGUGUCCCGUAAUGCUGACAAGAAUUUAAUGACUGUAGCAAACCUAGGUGUAUGUUUUGGUCCUACAUUGAUGAGACCCGAGGAGGAGACAGUAGCUGCUAUUAUGGACAUCAAAUUCUGCAAUAUUGUGAUAGAAAUUCUUGUUGAACAUUAUGACAUGAUUUUUAAACAAGCACCUGAGGAUGCUGAAUUACGCACACAUUUAUCAAAGACUCAGACACAAGAACAGAAUCAAGUGAACAAACGUGUGAAAUCGAUGGCUCCAGGCCCACCAGUUAACCAUUUGAGCAAGCCCACACAUGUAACAGCCACAGCACAGAGUGUUCCCCAGUCGCCACGGCAGUAUGCAAAUAUAUCGUCCGGUCUUCCAUAUUCACAGCAGCAACAGCCUAGGAAAUACAGGCCAGUAGAUGUGUACAACCCUACCACAGGAAGUUUUGAGACACAAACAAAUAACAGUGUAAGUGGGAGCUCAGAGUCUCUGAACUCCACCCAGUCCAAUCACGUGAAUAGUUCACCUGCCUUAAACCAGUUUGAACCCCAGCGGAGAGGCUAUCAGGGGAGAGGUCCAGGCUCGGGCCCAGUGUAUUCAAACAUUAAUGUUAAUGAAUUAGAUUUUUUAGGCCCCCUCCUCUCUGCGAAUAAUACAUGUCACAAAUGCCCUAUUGAAAAAAUAGAGUUUGAAAACACAAAAAUAGGUGCAAAUCGACUGAUUCUGACCACAUCCGAUGUUCCAACCUUCGGAAGCAUCAAGAAAAGGACGUCUAACGAUCACUCAGCAAAUGUUAUGUCAACAUCUAUGCAAGGUACUCCAACAUCAGGAAGAACUUCAGUGAACUUGACAGGAAGUGUUUCUGGAAGUCUGGGAAGUUCUUUAAAUAGCAACAAUGCCCAGCAGAAAAGAAGAACUGUUCGGACACUGUACCACUGUGAAGCAGAAAAUUCAUCAGAACUGUCCUUUGAGCCAAAUGAGAUUUUAAAAAAUGUGAGACCUUCCAAAGAGCCUGGUUGGUUAGAGGGGUCUUUGAAUGGUAAAGUUGGACUGAUACCCGAGAAUUACGUAGAAUAUAUAGACUGACACACGUCAGCUUGGGACUGUUUAGAAGAUACAUUAGCCUGACAGUAAAUAUGAAAUAUACAGUGGUGUAUAGAGCUACAGGGAGGAAGAUCAAGAUGACCACCUUGGUGCUUUUUGUUUGAGAGAAACAAUAUUAAAAACAAAACCAAAUUGAAUAGGGGAGCAUACCCCUCAACUGUCACAGAAGGUUCUACCUAGGUUUUAAAUUCUGUGUUGUAUCCCUGAAAAAUUAUGGAAAAUUCACAACAUGAUUUUUAUGUAGCUUUACCAGAGAUUGAGAAUAAAAGCUAUAGAUUUCACAGCUGCAUAGGGAUGCAUUUGUAACAAAACUUCAUAGAAAAUGACAUCGCUUAAUACUUUUAUUUAAGUUAUGAUUCACAGGUGCUUGAUUCCAUUUAUAAACAUGAAGAAAUAUCAAAGGCAGAAAGUAAUUUGGGAAUAUUGCUUUUAAAGAAUUGCAUUUUAAGAUGAUUUAUUUAUUUCAUGAAACACAAUUCCAGAAAAUAAUUUAGCCAAAAUUAUUUCAUUGUGCAAAAGAGAUCCUGGUCUAAAUAUUACACACUACCUGUCACAUAAAUUCCAUACUUGAAGCUAUCCAGUGCUCAUCUUUCGCUUAAAAUAUUUAUAGGAGUCCAUACUUAAAGAUAUCCAAUGCUUUCUUUCACUAAAAUAUUAUAGGAGUUCAUACUUAAAGAUAUCCAGUGCUCUUCUUUCACUAAAAUAUUAUAGGAGUCCAUACUUAAAGAUAUCCAGUGCUUUCUUUCACUAAAAUAUUAUAGGAGUCAAUACUUAAACUAUCCAGUGCUCAUCUUUCGCUAAAAUAUUAAAUGAGUCCAUACUUAAAGAUAUCCAGUGCUCUUCUUUCACUAAAAUAUUAUAGGAGUCCAUACUUAAAGAUAUCCAGUGCUCUUCUUUCACUAAAAUAUUAUAGGAGUCCAUACUUAAAGAUAUCCAGUGCCCUUCUUUCACUAAAAUAUUAUAUGAGUCCAUACUUAAAGAUAUCCAGUGCUCUUCUUCCACUAAAAUAUUAAAUGAGUCCAUACUUAAAGCUAUCCAGUGUUCAUCUUCCACUAAAAUAUUAUAUGAGUCCAUACUUAAAGAUAUCCAGUGCUCUUCUUCCACUAAAAUAUUAUAGGAGUCCAUACUUAAAGAUAUCCAGUGCUCUUUUUUCACUAAAAUAUUAUGAGUCCAUACUUAAAGAUAUCCAGUGUUCAUCUUUCACUUUAGAUAAUUUCUUAAAAUGUAAAUUUUACUCUACUUCAUGUGUAAACUAAUUGUGUAUGUAGAGCUACAGUCAUUAUUAACAGUAGAUUGUUAAAAUAACUUCCAGUUUUUUAGCAAUAGUAUACAUUAAUAAGGUGUUUACCUAUACAUGUGUUAAGCAUUUACCAUUUUAAACCUGAUGCAUAGUAUUGUUAAUACACAUAAACAUGUUUAUUUUAAAUGUUCACAUAAAACUGUAAUAAUAAUAUUAUGUAGACAUUUUUCAUAUUUUUAAAUAUGAAUUUAGGGUCUAGUAUACCUUUAACAUAUUUGGUAAAAAGCAUCAUUGAGAAGGAAUUUCAUUUGUUGUUACCAUGGAUGUUGCCAUCAAAGACCUCAUGUUGGUUAUUUAUCCUUUUAUACAGAAAUUUUCCUGCCGAUAAGCAACUGCAUGAUUUAUUAUAUAGCCCUCAUUCUUGUAAUAUAUACAUACUGCUUGUGCAAUUCAGUACUUGGAUUUUAUAACAUAUGUUUUAAAUGUUAUAUAGUUUUUAGAUCAAACAGAAUAAAAGAUAUCAUUUAAUGUCCAUGGUAUUUUCUUUAAGAUAUUUUCUCUUUCUGCAGUCUAACAGUGAAAAUGCAGAUGAAUAUUAAAAUGUACUAGUAUUUCAUCAGAAGUUUAAGUUGGACUUUCUUAGUUUAGUUUAUACUUAUACUUAUUUAAUUUAGCUUGAUUGUGAUGAAAACUUCAAGCUUAUUUGAACCACUCUUGAGUUAUCUUCCUUGAAAAACUUAUACUGGUGUUCUGUGAGAAGGUGGGGUAGUGACUCAGCGGGGCUCUAUAGCAUGACUGCCACCUUGAGCGACUAGCACCUUAACCAUUAGAGCACUGCUUCUGUUGGCUGUUUGGUUAAAAUUUGUUUCUGAAAAGUAAUUAUAACCUAUUCUGUGCUAUUGUAAUACAUUUUCUGUGAUGCCAGGCAAGCCCAUAUUUUGCUUACUUGAGUAAGGGAAAGUCCUUUGGUUUCAGAUUUACUGACACCUGGACAUAUAUCGAAUAUAUAUGUAUAUAGUAAAUGUAAGUAAUUAAAACUGUCUCUUGGAUCUUUUGGGGUAAAAUGAAAAGGAUAUAUACUGUUUAAUAGAUAAAAGGAAAUUUGUUUACACACUAUCUCAAGUAUUUUGGCUAAAACUGGAAUGUUUAUAUGAUUUUGGAUAUAUUUUCUUACUGUAUUUUAUAAACAUCUCAUUGGAAGAUGGUAUUUAGCUUAAAUAUUGUGGAAGAGAAUGAAGUUUAAUGUAUCAAAGCAUAUACACUGAAUGUAUACCUUAAAAUAUUUACUUGACAAUGGAUUGUUAUUGAUAGUGAUGAUGGGGACAUAUUUUGGUAAAAAGCAUAAUUGUUCUUGAUUUGGAUAAAAGUGAUAUUUCAUGUUUUAAAAUAUAUUUGAUGUAUUGUGAUAGGAAUUUGAGAUUUCAAAAGAAAUGACAUUGUUUUUAAGAUCUGUUUGUUGUAAGAAAAAAAAAACACUUGAAAAGUUGCAAGUCCUGAGGUUAAAGCAUUGUAUGUUAAAAUUGAAGCAAAACAUCUUGUUUGAACUAAUGGGUAUGUCUUGAUAUUGAAUUUUAAUGUAAUAAAAUAACAUGUUAUAACAUAAUCUUAUGGAAACAAACGCUGCACAGUUAGAUUACUUGGGAUGAGUAGCUAAUGAAUAAUUAAUAUUAACCAAUAUUUUUUUCUGUCUCCAGUUUCAUUUGUCUGAUAAAAAAGGAAUUUCUUGACAAAUAGAAGAUUGCCAAAGAAAAAAUAAGCCAUAAUACUUAAAGAGUUUCUUAUUAUGUUCUAUGCCUUUUUCCUUCUCAGUUUCUUUUUAAUAUGUAGAAUUAAAUUUAAUAUGUUAAAUUAAUGUGUUAGAAUUUAUAUGUUAAAAUCAGUUGGAUUGUUUAAUGUAUUCUAAGUUAUAGGAAUUGAGAGGCCAGUUAAUGAAAUACGUGUAGAAAUGUUUAGUUAUAUUGAAGUGCUCUCUGUGUUCUUUUUGUCAAUUUCAAGCCUGUCAGUGUUUUUGUUUAGAAAAAUGUACUUCUUGCUUGCCAGGCAGGAUUUUCCUGUAUUUUUGCUGGUGCUGGAAAAAAUUCUACUCCCUAGAGUGUAGGAUACCCCUUGUGCUUUAAUUUUUGAAUGAAUGCAUUAAUACUUAUGCAACUAUGAUAAAACAGUGCUUCGAAAAUAUUUUGUUUAAUUUCAUUUCUUCUGUUAUAUGAAGAAUACAGUAUGCAAGGAAAACAAUCUGUCACUGGUUGUAGGUGUGGAUGGACAAGUCUGGCUCUUGGGGGGUGGGCGGGGGGAGUGAAUUACAGUUUUUGGAAUAACUUGGAUGAGCCUCGUUACUGCCAGAUAUUUCUGUCCACAUCUUCCACCACUGUGAAAGAUUCUUAUAUUCAUAAUUAUUUUUUCACCUGUAUUUUCAUGAUUCUUGUAUUUAUUUAGAUGAAUAAGCAAUAUACCGUAGUGUUUAUUUUGUGAGCUGUCAAUGACAAGUAAUCUCAAGAAAUAUGCAAGUUUGCUUGUUAUAUAUCUGUCUGAGCAUAGAAUAUCAUGGUUACGGCUGAGCUAAAACAGUUACAUUUGAACCUGCCUUAAUGGUCACCUGUGUUAAGCAGUCACUUGCGUUAAGCAGACAUGGCAUAAAUUUCUUGGCUUGCUGUUUAAUGCAGGUUUAACUAUCUGUAUUUUGCUGGGGCAUAGAGUGGUUUUCCAUUGAAGGCCCAUAAGGCUUUUAAUUUUAUGUUAACCCUCAUCAUGCUGGACACGACUGAUUCAGCAUUUUAUGUUUGUAAUAAAAAAUGUAGCAGCCACCUCAUAAACAAAAUCAUUAUGAGGCUUUUAAUAAGGUUAAAGUAAUUUUACAUUUGCUUUGAAAAUUAUGGACUGAAAAUCUGUCUUCUUUGCAUUUUCACCUGUUGAACAAAACGUCAAAUUAUUAAAACUUUUAUCAGGGGAAAAUUGACUAGUAGUAAAUGUAUCUAACGUUACCUUGUUUAAAGAGUGCAAUAAAAAAUAUAAGAAUAAAGAAAAAGAGUUAUAUAGAUUCUCCACAAAUAUUUUUUGUAACCCUACUUUUAUUGAUGAUUUUAAGAUAUUGUUUUCUUAGAACAAAUUUGAGUUAAAGUUAUACCUUAGGAAGAUAUUUCACAGAAAUGUGUUAAAUUAAGUACAUCAUGAAUAUUUUUCAUAUAUGUGUUUAAUGUUUGGUUUCUAGAUUGUUACAUUAGCUCCUGGUGUAUUGAAUACUUCACAAACUUGUCAGUUUUUGUUUAAUCUACUGUGGACCAUAAAAUUAACAGGAUGGUAAAACUGAUAAAUAUUGAUGUUUUGACCCAUUUUCUUAAUUUCUCUCAUAAGACUAAUUUCUCUGUUCAUGCUUUAUAAGUAGUUGACAAACUGUCUCGUUUUGAAUUCUUCAUAAAUUCUUUUACAUAGCGCCACAAUCAAAAGCGGAGAAGUCAAAUGAUGUAAAAUUAUGUCAGUGUGAAAUUAAAACAACAAAUAAUUUACAAGGGAAACAAUAUUUUGUAUGUGUUGAAAAUAUUUUCACUUUUCUUAAAUUUUUUUUCGGAAAAUUGUGAAAUAUUUACAAUAAUUAUUGUUCUAUUUAUUUAUGUCAUAAAGAAUGCAUGGAGACUAACAGUUGUAAAGGCCUAAAGAAAUUGCAUCUGCUGAUUAUUAUUAUUACCUGAUUGGGACAUUUCAACCAAACUAUCUUAGACUCUCUUAUAUGUGUUACAGUUUCAUUUGAAUCUUGGGAAGAUAUAUGGAAGAUCAUACCUUCAUUUGUAACUAGUGUUAACAUUAUGUUUUAAAACUUUUUAAAAUUUUCUUCUGAUUUUUAGCUGUCUGAGCAUGAAGUGCUCAUUGCGAGCUUUUAAAAUCUUUGGAUGUCUGUCGUCCAUUUGUCUGUCUGUCAUCUACAGUUCUAUAAAGGACAUCUUUUCCUUAACCACAAAGCCAAUUUCAACUAAAAUUCACAUGAGCUGCGCCAUGAGAAAACCAACAAAGUGACUUUGUGACCAGCAUGGAUCCAGGCCAGCCUGCGCAUCCGCGCAGUGUGGUCAGGAUCCAUGCUGUUCGCUUUCAGAGCCUAUUGAAAUUAGAGAAACUUUUAGCAAACAGCAUCGAUCCUGACCAGACUGCACGGAUGCGCAGGCUGGUCUGGAUCCAUGCUGGUUGCAAAGCCACGAUGUUGGUUUUCCCAUGGCACGGCUCACAUAAUGUUUCUUUGAUGGUGGUCUUUCAAAUUUUUUCAGAUCCAGGCCAGCCAUGCUUAUAAACAUGGUCACUUAAGAGGACUGGGCUAGUUUUCUUCAUAUGGCUAUGUGGAAGACUUGUAGUCCUCCUCUGGAACCACUAGAACAAUUUCGAAAUGACUUUUGUGAAAUGUCCCUUGUGUGACCUUCUACUAAAUAUUUUCAAGCCAUGUCAGCAGGGAGCAGUGCAAGUUUUCCUUUGUAUUGCUAUAUUGAAAACUUUCUCCUAAGAAACCACAGAUUAGUUUUAGGAACUAAUUUUCCUGAUUUGGCUGUAUGGAAAUUUUUUUUUAAGAUCCUAUUAAAGAAACCACUGGCAUGAUUUAAAAAUAAUUUUACACAAAAUUUAAUAUUUCCGUGGGACCUUCUUCCAGUGUUCACAUCAUUCCAUUACUUAAAAUAAAAAUGGUCAGGGUGGGCAGGGCACAUUUUCCUUAUAUGGCUUUAGUUAUAAUUUAUGAGAAUCUUGCUUGAUUUCAAAUUAAUUUUACACAAAUGUGAUAUGAGGAAUCAAGGUUUGUUAAAACCUUUUGGAGUGACAUUUGUCAAAAAAGACUUCAACAUCAAAGUGGAAACUUUUAAUUUCAUUUUUAGGAAUAGUGUAAAAAAAGCAUUUUAAGUACUUAAAUUUGUUCUGUAGGAGACUGAUAUGUCAAAACUGUUUGAUUUUUUUGUCAUAAUUCUCUGUUUAAUGCUGUUAAAUAUAUAUUUGACUUAAAAUGCUAAACUGAAUUUUAUCGCUUGUAACAAUUAAUGAUUUAUUGCAAAAAAAUCUUUGCAUUAAAUUUUUUAUACCUCUGACACUAUAUAGUUUUUGAGGAAAUGGAUAAUCUCCCCUCUGUGAGGACAAUUUAGCUAAUAUACAAUGCAUAUAUUAAUCAUAGAUAUAAGUGAUCUUGUAAAUAUUUGGAAAGAUGAUAUGCUAAAAUUUUGCCUUAAUUUUAUAAGGCCUACUGCAAUCUAACAUUUAAAUGUUUAACUUUUGGUGUGUCAAAAACAAGACAGAUAGGUACCAUAAAUAUGAUGUACCCUAUGUUUUAGCUUGUAAUAAAAGAUGUCUUGUUUUGACACCUUUAACUUGUUUUGAGAGGUACCUCUUCAAAAGCAGUUUUAAAAAAUGCGGCAAUGUCUGCUUUUAGUCAAAGAUUUUUGUGCUUGUAUUAUGGUAGUGAAUAAGAUAAAAGUGCUUCAACUUUGAUAUGGCUAGAAUAAUUACAGAUAUACUUGAUUGAAAUGCAUUAAAGAAAGGUGUUACUGUAGACUUGGUCAUUUUUAUUUGGGCUUUAUUAAGUGAUUUCAUGGUUGGGGGUAUCAUUCCUGGUGUUGAGAAUUUUUGAAACGUGAAUGUUCGUGUUUUUGGAUAUGACAAACAUUAAUAUUCAUGGAUAUUUUGAAACGGCAAGUUAAAUUGUUUGUUAAUAAGUAGAGGAAAAACAAACGUUGCAGAUAUUACCAAAUAUGCAGUACAGUCAAACUUCUUUUGUUCUAACUGGGAUAAUUUGAAAGCGAUCCUUCGCUCGAAUUCAUAGUCAGGUCCCAGCAAAAUCCCUAUAUAAUGUCUUUUUGUUCAAUGGCUCGAACUACUGAUAACUCAGAAAUUUUGCUGGUCCCGUUGAGUUUGAGCAAACAAAGUUCGACUGUAGUUCCAUUGUUUCAUUAGCUGUUAUGUAAAUAUUUGAGGGUUUAGUAAUCUCCCAGUUAUAGUAAGGGUUUGAUAUUUACUCAUGGUUUGAAAUAUUUUUCAAUUUUGUUACUUUUGGAAGUUACUGAGGAUUUCAGAAUCUUAAAUCAACAGUACAAGAAAUUUUAUAAGUGCUCUGACCAACUCAUUGGAUAUGAAAAUGAUUUAGAUGCCCUUAGUAAGUCUUCAGCAUCGAAUGUUUUGAACUAAUUUUAUUAGGCUAAAGUUCCAUUUUGAAGUUUAGAAUGUUGUGUAUUUUGAAAAUAACAUGAUACUUGAUUAUGUUUCCUUAAAAGUGAGAAUAAUUCCGAUUUAAAUUCUUGUCUCUUUUAACACAUUCUGUUACUGUCGAUAUUUUCAGUUUUAUGAUUCUACAUUAGAGGAAUUUACUUAAGGGUCAUAGAUUAAAGUCUGCCAUGACAUGAUGAUUGGAAAUUAUCUGUGAUAUAUCAGGCCAGAAAAAAUGUAUUUGAUUUUAAGAUAUUAUAUUCUGCUGAUAUUUAUACUCCUGUCAGCUGCUCUGUUGCACUGCUGAUUGAAAUUAAUUAAAUUGAUCAGUUUUGAUAAGAAUUAAAAGUUUAAGCAAUAUUAUACAAUGUAUAUUUCCAUACUAGGGAAAGUAGCUCUCAUAUUUUCAGUGCCGUGCAUUUUUAUAUGUAUGAGUAAAACUUAAAUUUCCAAUCAUACCAUUCCUGUGUUUCCGAUCCAUUCACCAACUAAGAAAAAAUGCAAGUGCUCUGUUUAAACUGAGUUUCAAAAUGAUACCUGGUAUUUUCUUAUAUUUGUCUAUUGUUUUGCUGAAUACAGCUAUCCCUGCUAAAAUACAGUUUAAUUCUUAAACACAGUGAAGUUUAGACCCAGAUUUUUAACCUUUAGCCUGCUGGUGGCAAGUGUUUCUGCCUUUGCGACCAAUGCAGACCAAGAUCAGCCUGCACAUCCAUGCAGUCUAAUCAUGGUCUGCACUGUUCGCUAUUCAGUCAGUAGAUUUUCAGUAAACACCCCUUCAAAUGAUGAACGGUUCUGCCAAAAUUGAAUGAUGGACCAGUCCAUUAUAGUAAUUUAGCAGGGUAAGGGUUAAUAAACCUCAAGCAGUUAAUUAGCAUAAUUUUAACAAUAUUUACAGGAACAAACUUUUCACAUACUUCGGAACACGUCUUGCCAAUAUGUUAAACAAAUAAUUGAAAAGGUAACAGUUUGGUCUUAAAAAAAAGGUAAACCUAUGAUUGUUAUGGAAAUAUCUUGGAAUCAAGUAAUCAUUUUUUCUGGUCUCAUGUUAGCUAUUGUUAAUGUAUUCUGUUGUCAUAAUAGGUUUUUAAUUGUCACAUGUGGUUUCAUGUUUUUUUUUAUUCUUAAUCAUAGAUGUUAAAUAUAAGUUCAUGUGUUUUGUAUAUGUAGAAUAUUUAAACUGUAUAGUAGAACUGUGUUUUGUAAAUCUAAAAUGAUACAAAUAAAAACAAAUUCUUACCAGUA